AUGAGUGCUAAGGAAUUCCUCGCGAAGGUCAAAAGUGGGCAGAUCCCAGUUGACUGCCAUGAUCAGCUGUUGCGGAUAGCAUUCAUCUAUAUGGAUGAAGCGUUGUGCGCAGACGAAGGAGUGUUCGACGUGGUGAAUCAACUCCACGCCCGCGGGUGGUCAUUUGGGCAGGGAAAUUUGAAGUUCAAUCGUACUCUAGAUAUAUUUUACCCAGCCCAGAUAGCAGCCGGCAUCUACCGCUCUUCUGAUAAUCUCGACGACGAAACCCCCUCAUUUGAUGACUUUGACGCAUUCUACGCCCAGCACUAUCAGUUACUUCACGAGGAUGCGUGGAGAGAGUACUACUCAGAGACUUUCCUAGCAGCAUCAGCUCGUUUCUACCGCCUCCCUGACUUGCAAGACCUACCAGACGCAAGUGACGGACUUAGGCAGCCACGGCAAAAAGGCAUCGGUCACUUCAACAAACUUCCCCGCUGGGCACAAAACGUCUCGCUGACUUACGCGAGGCAACCAACACUCCCUAGAGCAACCAUCAUUGAGAUAGGCCUCUCCACCCUCCAGCAGAUCAUCUUACGCUUACGGCAAGACUAUCCAAGUGUUCAACCUUACUCUGAGACUCAAGCCCACUUCUGGCUUAAUCAGAUGGGUAUAAAGCCGGGUCGCCGCGCUAGGCUGGCUUGGUGGGGCCCCAACAUAUUUGGUAUUCAUGUCGGGACAGGAUUCUAUGAUACGUGGAGGUGGGAGGCGUACUACUCGCCGAAAUUAUGGGACUCGAUGGAAGCGCGAAUUGCACCUCUCGAGCCGGAUUUAGACGGGACGCGUCGGAGCGAGGUACAGUGGUCUGGGUGGCCUGAUGGUGGGUUGAGUGCGGAGGUGUGGAUGAGAGGGUGGGAACCAGAGCUGGGCAGUGAGGAGGAGAUUGAGUUCUUGGCUGCCGUUGCAGUGAAAGAAACAGAGGGUGUCGAUAUGAGCAAUUUGAACUAUGAAAUACGAUCGCAUAUGCUUUUGGGGGUGAUGCGUGUUGCGUUUGAGAGUGAGCGAGAAAAGCAUUUGGAGAAUCUGAAGCAGAGGAUAAUUGAGGCAGGAAGGGUUGAUGAGGAUAAGGCUGAGCAGUGGGUUCAAGAGGCUUUGAAGGUCAUGGAGCCGUAUGUGCAGAAGUGGGAUGCAUGGCCUGCUGCUGAGGAUCGGAGCGAAUUGCUACGGCACAUCCUCGUGGAGAAUGGGCAGCUUUUUGGACGAUGGAAGCUUGCAAAGGGUUCCAAGGAGUUUUAUUUCGAGCUGAAAGCACCCAGGGCAUAUUGUUCGUAA